GUUACGUCGUUAGACAAUAAAAUGUCAAAGGACAAUAUCUUCUAUUUUAAAAAUCGUAAUGUUCAUGUUAUUUUCAUUGAAUAAGUGACGGUGUUGAAGUAAAGAUAUCAAAAUGAAGUCGUCAGUUUCGGCUUUUGCCGUUGUUGCAGUAAUGUUAACGGUUUGGUUCGCCAACGUAGAAUGUGUGCCAUGUACGACAAAUGAUCAAUGUAACAAUUCUACAUCGUGUUCUGGAGCAAACACUCCCAUCUGUGAACAUCCGGACCUCACCGACGUUAACGAGAAUGGUGGAUUGUGCACAUGCAGUGUUGGAUUUUGUAACUACCCUGCUGAGUGUAAAGUACCAGAAGUAGUUCUUGAAUGCCCGUAUGACGACCGCCAUUGUUAUGACAACAGAUGUAUCUGCUCUCGUUUUCCAGUGUUUCCCGGAAGAAAAUAACAUGUUCUUCUAAUGGUUGUACAUUAACAUUCAAUUGAAUUAUUCACUCGAAAUAAAUUUGAAAAGGAUACACCAUA